AUGGAACCAGUAUCCUACUGGUGUGAAGUGUUAGUGGGGGGCAUCGUCUGGGUGUCCCUGUCCUGUGUGUGCCUGUCCCCUCCAUGUCCCUGUCCCUGUCCUGUGUGUCCCUGUCACCGUGCUGUCCCCGCAGGGCUGGCUGGCCGCCCUGGCUGUGUGUGUCUGUCCCUUUGGGUGUCCCUGUCACCGUGCUGUCCCCGCAGGGCUGGCUGCCCUGGCUGUGUGUGUUUGUCCCUUUGGGUGUCCCUGUCCCUGUCACCGUGCUGUCCCCGCAGGGCUGGCUGGCCUGGCUGUGUGUGCCUGUCCCCUCCAUGUCCCUGUCACCGUGCUGUCCCCGCAGGGCUGGCUGGCCUGGCUGUGUGUGCCUGUCCCCUCCAUGUCCCUGUCACCGUGCUGUCCCCGCAGGGCUGGCUGGCCGCCCUGGCCGUGCUGGCGGCGCUGGGGCACUGUCGGGGGCUGCGGCGCUCCGGGGCCGGUUCGGGGCUCUCCGCCGUGCGCUGCUUCAGCGGGGCCGAGCUGGAGGACGAAGCCCCGGCUCAUCUGCUGGGCCGCAGCCUCCGCUGGGACCGGCACGUCCCGGUGCAGCUGGUGCCACAGCUGGAGCGGCUGGAGAGCACCGGGACCCGCCGGCCGCGGCGGCAGCGCCCUCCCGGUUGCCCGGAGCUGUCGGUGCGCACCGGGCUCCGCGGUGAGCCCCACGAGCGCUCCAUCUCCCCGUGGCGCUACCGCAUCGACGAGGACGAGAACCGCUAUCCCCGCAAGCUGGCCUUCGCCGAGUGCCUGUGCGGCGGCUGCGUGGAUGUGAAAACCGGCCGGGAGACGACGUCGCUGAACUCGGUGGCCAUCCACCAGACCAUGCUGGUGCUGCGGCGCAAGCCGUGCCCAGCGGGGCCGGGGCUGGUGGCGCUGGAGGUGGAUUAUAUCCGAGUGCCCGUGGGCUGUACCUGCGUCCUGCCCCGCACGGCGCGCUGAGCCCGCACCGGGCACCGCGCACCCCGCCCGUGCUUGUUUUAGAGCACCCGACCCCGCCAGGGUGGUCCUUGCCCUGGUUAUUUAUCAGUUAUUUAUCAGCCUCGCUGCCGGGGGGCUUUUUGUACCCGUUAUUUAUUGCUGACCCCCACCACACCCACCCCCAGCCAUGUCAGCGCCCCACGGCCAGACCCUGUGAGUGUUGCACUCACUGGUUAUUUAUUCACCCAAAAAAGGUAUUUAUUGUCUCCUUCCUAGUGCUGUUUAAUGCUGCCAAUAAAAGCUAACAGCU